GGUAUCUUCACAGAAGAGGACGAUAGGAUGCUGCUGCGAUGUUUCAUAUUUUAAGUAUAGUUAAUAUAAUAUGGCUUUUGUUAGCGCUAUGUUUUGGUGCAGCCUUUUGCCUCAAUAAGUUUUCAGUGAAACUGCCUAACAGAGUCGAGCACGUGUUCCAGGAUUUUAUCCGGUAUGGAAAAACUAAGGAAAACAUCAAACGCGCUAGCUGGCAGCUCGUUUUUGACUUAUCAAAGAGGUAUUUCUAUCAUUUCUAUGUGGUGUCUGUCAUGUGGAAUGGGCUCCUCCUACUGUUUUCCAUACGGUCUGUCGUAAUGUCUGAGGCGUUCCCUGAUUGGAUCAUUGACGUACUUGGGAGUUUGACUGGCAGAUCAAGGGGUGCUUGGAACGAGAUACAUCUGUCCACUCUGCUUUUACAAGUGCUCCUAUGGGUUCAUACACUAAGACGACUGUUGGAGUGCCUGUUUGUCAGCGUAUUCUCUGAUGGUGUGAUCAAUGUGGUUCAAUAUGCAUUUGGCUUGAGUUAUUAUAUCAUACUUGGACUAACUGUGCUGUGUACAAAUGAUUCUCUUCCACAGUCAGAGUCAGUUUCUUUCUUUAAUCAGCUAACAUGGUAUCAUGUAGUCGGGACUCUUCUCUUCUUCUGGGCCUCAUUUCUCCAGCACCAGUCCCUCUCUCUGCUGGCCAAGAUGAGGACUGACAGCUCAGGUAAAGUAGAGACUCUGGCCCACAAGAUGCCGUGUGGCGGUUGGUUUGAGCUGGUCUCUUGUCCACAUUACCUGGCUGAGCUUCUGAUUUAUGCUGCCAUGUGUGUUUGCUGUGGAUGUGCUUCACUAACCUGGUGGAUGGUGGUGCUGUACGUUCUCUGUAACCAAGCACUUGCUGCACAGCUCUGUCAUGAGUACUACAGGAGCAAGUUUAAGACAUAUCCACAUCACCGAAAAGCUUUCAUCCCUUUUGUCCUGUGAACAAAAAUACCUUUUAUAUGGAACUAAAUAAAUGUAAGAACAUCUCA